AUGGAAUUCUAUGCUGAUGACGACGUCCCUCGUUCUCCCGGGCUGGAGACAUCCAAAAUCGACUAUAAGCCCAAGGAGUCACCACCUCCAUUUGCCGUCGUCGACAAGGGCUCUGAUAGCGAUCCUGCCAAAAAGUCUGCAGACGAGGGAACAUCUCAGGACUGUUCCCGUAAGCGCCAGAUACCCUCCAAGCCCAGCACAACAGAGGGUAAUUCGGUGCUGAUCAACCAUUUAGACCCGAGCCGACCUGACAUUGCUGAUUUCGAAAGGAAUCACCCCCUCAGUGAGGAUCUUCUGCGCGAUGACUUGGACCCGCCAAAGAAACACAGAUUAAGGAGACCGGACCCGCCGUUGGCUGCGGACGAGUCUCCCAAGCAACCGUCCGAUUUGGGCGAGAAGGCCAAAACUGCUCUUUCACUGCUCUUUGAUGAGUCCCCCAAGCCUGAACCCAAGGCUCUAGGUCGGAGUUUGAUCUUCGGGGAGGCCACGGACAGUCGUCCGAAAAAUGAUUUGAUCCCAAAACUCCUCUCGUCUGAGGAUCAUGAUCCCCUCAAACGAGCCCCGGAGGCGAACUCGAACAUCAGCCAGUUUUUCAAACCGGCGUCGGAGGUUCAGGCACAGAAUCUAUUGCCAGCUUUGGCUCCUGAUUCACCGGAGAAUUCCCAUACAUUGCCGUCCCUUCAAACAGCGCUGGGGCUGCCCAGCGUGUCAAAGGAUCCGGGACGUCCUACCGGAUCGUCCCCGUAUUCUCUUCCACCGGUUACAGCUACAUCACCGCCUGGUCUCAGAAGUGAACCGAUCUGGGAGCAACAACGUCCGGGACCUCUCGCCGCCCAAGUUCCUCCCAGUCCGUAUUCGCAUUGGUCACCUGCGAGUACAACUGCCAGGGAUAUAUCGGCCGUGUCUUCACCCGCGUCACAGAACUCUCAUUGGCGGUCUGUCAAAUCCGACAUAUCCUACCUUACUUCCCCGUAUGACGUUCCGCCCUCGGCGGCCAAGAGUCCGGCGACGAGUUAUCCAACACCUACAGAUCAAACCCCUGCCAGCACCUGCGAUAGAACACCAUACAGCGCUCAUACACAGUCCAACGGCGCUCUCGUCCCGACCGGUGCUUUCAAGUGUGGCUGGCCAGGGUGUACUGCUCCCCCUUUCCAAACGCAGUACUUGUUAAACUCCCAUGCAAAUGUCCAUUCACAAGAACGGCCUCAUUUCUGUGCAAUUGAAGGGUGCGCUCGAGGACCGGGUGGAAAAGGAUUCAAGCGCAAAAAUGAGAUGAUACGGCAUGGUCUCGUUCACAACUCACCGGGUUACGUUUGUCCCUUUUGUCCGGAUCAGCAACAUAAAUAUCCACGACCCGACAAUCUCCAACGACAUGUGCGAGUCCACCACGUCGAUAAAAGCAAGGAUGACCCGGCACUUCGUCAAGUGCUUUCUCAGAGACCCGAGGGUAGUGUACGCGGUCGACGUCGCCGACAAAGCGUUCAAUAG